GAUGUCCUCUACGCAGAAUGAGAGAUCCAGGGUCGCUGAUGCAAUGAUCAGGAGCUCAUGUACUGAUGAUUCACCAAACUACUGUGAUUUCUGGCUUUCAAGCUGUGAUCUGCCUCCGCCUCCACCUAUCGAAUUCGCAUUCCUUCCUCUAGAGGUCACUGUCACACGCAAGGAUGUUGAUAUUAUCAAGCUCACAGCACAGUUUGUGGCUGUUUAUGGUAUGUAUUUUCGAAGAGCAAUGACGAAGAGAGUACUUGAGAAUCCUCUGUUUGAGUUUGUGAAGCCAACUGACAGCAGGAACCACUUUUACUCGGAGCUUUGUCUCGGGUAUUUGAGUGUGUUGAAGCCUUCCCAGAAGCUGAAGCCUUCCCAAAAGCUGAUCACGGGUGUUGAUGCUACAGGGGAAGUUGUUGAUGGUUUCUUCAAGCUUCUUGAUGAAUUGCUUGCAAAGCAGCAUCCGGAGGAUGGACUUGAGAUGGCUUUGACUGAUUUUCAUGCCUUUGAGUAUUUUGCCAACGUGGAGCAGACCGUGGUGCAUCUACCACCUGAAAUCCUUUCGAAAAUGAUGAAACUGAAGCUGUCACACAAUGGUUUGCUAUCGGGGAAAAACAAUUCAGAAAGCACAAGUAGCAUGGCCAGUAAUGUGAAUAAUGCAAGAUUCAGUAGCUCAGGAGCUCAGGUCCUUGCCACUGAUGAUGAUGCACCAGAAUGCCGCGAUCUCUGGCCUCUAUACUGUAAUCUGCCUCCACAUCCACCUAUCGAGUUCGCAUUCCUUCCUCUAGAGGUCACUGUCACGCGCAAAGAGGUUGAUAUUAUCAAGCUCACAGCGCAGUUUGUGGCUGUUUAUGGGAUGUAUUUUCGAAAGGCAAUGACUAAGAGAGUGGUUGAGAAUCCUCUGUUUGAGUUUGUGAAGCCAACAGACAGCAGGCACGACUUUUUCGCGGAGCUUUGUCUCGCGUAUUUGAGUGUGUUGAAGCCUUCCCAAAAGCUGAAGCCUUCCCAAAAGCUGGUCACGAAUGUUGAUGCUACGGGGGAAGUUCUUGAUGGCUUCUUCAAGCUUCUUGAUCAGUUGCUUGCAAAGCAGCAUCAGGAGGAUGGACCUGAGAUGGCUUUGACCGAUUUUCAUGCCUUUGAGUAUUUUGCUAACGUGGAGCAGACAGUGGUGCAUCUACCACCUGAAAUCCUUUCAAAGUUUUUGAAAAGGGAAUUACUACGUAAAUCACAGAAUCAGACUCUGGGGAUGAUGUCACCUGCACCACCUAAUCCUACGCAUGCACAGUAAAUUUACAUAGAUUCAAAUGUGGAGCUAACAAAUUUUAUUUUAUUUUUUUGGUCAAAAGGAACUACCAAAUUUAUGUU